AUGUGCGUGAUCUGCGCGGACCGCGCCGAGGCCGUCGCCGUUGGCCCCUGCGACCACUCUGAGAUCUGCCACCACUGCUGCCUGCGGCUGCGCAUCCUAUACCGCGACGCGCGCUGCCCCCUAUGCAAGGCGGACAAUGCGACAGUCUACCUGACGGCCGCGGCUUCAAGCGCACCUGCGGCCACCGUCGCGGAGGGCGGCGCGCCGCAGCCGCAGCCGCAGCCGCAUGCGCCGCCGCCGCCGCCGCCGCCGCCGCCGUCGUUCGAGGAGCUCGAGGCGGCGCGCGCGCGCGCGCCCGACCGGUUCUACUCGGGAAAGCGCUGGGCGCUGGGCGUGCACGUGGACAAGGCCAUGCCGGACCCGCCGCCCGCGCUGCUGGCGCCCGGCGGGGGGGUCGCGGCCGCGGCAGCGCUGCGUGCGUGGCAGGGGCGGUGGCGCGUGCCGCUGCAUGUGCAGCUGCUGCAGUGGACUAGCCGGUCGUGCCCCGUGUGCGACCCCCUGGGCCGCAACCGCCGGCCGUUUGGGACGCCCAAGGAGCUGCGGGAGCACCUGCUGACUCACGGCCGCGUGCAGUGCCCCGUCUGCGUCCAGGCGGGCCGAAGGUUCCCCCUGGAGCUUGAAGCCCACCAGAUUGAUGACCUGCCACGCCACCUGGCGCGCGCGCACAAGCACUGCGCCUUCUGCGACGAAUACUACUACGGGGAUGACGAGAUGUACGACCACAUGAAGCGGAAGCACUUCCACUGCGGCAUCUGCCAGGCCGCAGGCACCCACCACCUGUACUUUGC